CUAUGGGGCAAGAUAUUUCAAUUUCUAAGAAAAAACGUAAGCGCCCCAUAAAAAAAGACAUUUUAAAAGAAAUGGAACAUCAUGAUAAGUUGUGUGAUGACAAUGAUAUUGACUAUUUUAAAAACAAAGUAGAUUCUUCGACUAAUUCAAUCCACAAACAUAUGGAUAUAGAUGGAGGCCCUAAAGGUGAAGGCUUUAGGUCCUAUUAUAUUACCAAAAUUGAGGAACUACAACUGAUUGUUGCUGAAAAAAGUCAGAACUUACGACGCUUACAAGCUCAAAGAAAUGAAUUGAAUGCUAAAGUGAGAAUGUUAAGGGAAGAACUGAUGCUUCUACAAGAGCAAGGAAGCUAUGUAGGCGAAGUUGUAAAGCCAAUGGAUAAGAAGAAAGUUCUAGUAAAAGUACAUCCAGAAGGGAAAUUUGUUGUUGAUAUUGACAAGAAUAUUGACAUCAAUGAUGUGACACCAAAUUGCAGAGUUGCAUUGAGAAAUGAGAGCUAUACUUUACAUAAGAUCCUUCCAAACAAGGUUGAUCCGUUGGUUUCCCUUAUGAUGGUUGAAAAGGUCCCAGAUUCAACCUAUGAAAUGGUCGGUGGUUUGGACAAGCAAAUCAAAGAAAUCAAGGAAGUGAUUGAGCUACCUGUAAAGCAUCCCGAAUUAUUUGACGCUCUCGGAAUUGCCCAACCCAAGGGAGUCUUAUUAUAUGGACCUCCUGGUACUGGAAAAACUUUGUUGGCUCGUGCAGUAGCACAUCAUACGGAGUGUACUUUUAUUCGAGUGUCUGGCUCUGAAUUGGUGCAAAAGUUUAUUGGUGAAGGCUCCAGAAUGGUGAGAGAGCUUUUCGUUAUGGCUAGAGAGCACGCGCCUUCAAUCAUCUUUAUGGAUGAAAUCGAUUCUAUUGGAUCUUCUCGUAUUGAAUCAGGUUCCGGUGGAGAUUCUGAGGUACAAAGAACAAUGUUGGAACUCCUCAACCAACUGGACGGAUUUGAAGCGACCAAAAAUAUAAAAGUGAUCAUGGCCACUAACAGAAUAGAUAUCUUAGAUCCGGCUUUGCUAAGACCUGGUAGAAUCGAUAGGAAGAUUGAAUUCCCCCCACCGAAUGAGGAAGCUAGGCUGGACAUUCUUAAAAUCCAUUCUAGAAAGAUGAACUUGACCAGGGGAAUCAAUUUAAGAAAGAUCGCCGAACUGAUGCCUGGCGCUAGUGGUGCAGAAGUUAAGGGUGUAUGCACCGAAGCUGGUAUGUAUGCACUCCGAGAGAGAAGAGUGCAUGUUACCCAAGAAGAUUUUGAGAUGGCAGUGGCUAAAGUUAUGCAAAAGGAUUCUGAAAAGAACAUGUCCAUCAAAAAGUUGUGGAAGUAAUUAAGUGCUUUUUUGUAUCUUGUAUUUUUAAGUCUGUUUAUCAUAAUAAAUAUAAUUCUCUAGCUUUAA